AUGAAUACUGAAAUCCUCGAUCCUGCGACGCCUCAGCGGCUCUCGUCUUUCCCUCUCGAAGAGACCGUGGAUAGUGCUGCAAGAACACCGACCCGUCUUGGCCUUUUGCAGACCCCACCGCGGAGAUUUUCGCAGCAGUUGAAACGCCCUAUUGACGCCGUAGAGGGCGUAGAUGACGGCGCCGAGUUCGGCCGUCGAGGGCGGGAGUCUCCUCGAUUACUCGCGACACCACCACGGCGCCCGCCGCGCCGGAAACGGUUCUCUACUGGCACCACCCAGCCGAUCAGCUUUGAUGCGGAGAGCGCUACCUCAUCUCCAGACAGCGUAGUCCCUACACACGUUAAACCAAAGACCUCCGUGUUUAACACAAGGCUAGAAGAGAAGCUUGAUGAAGAAGAUAUCGACAGAGACUAUGAUGAGCCUAAGGAUAAAGACCGGCUAAAUAGCAGUGCUUCCGGGAUAGAGGAAAGCACUGAGCGCGAGAUUAAAUCUUAG